AUGCUGCCAACUUCGCCAAGUGCAUCAGACCAAGUCCGCUUUGUGCUGGGGACUCUGGUUUACCUGGAUACUGUGGUGCCCAGAGGACCCCUGGAAGUGAGGGUACGAGUGAUGGCAGGGAUGCUGAGUCAGCAGCUCGGUGGUGCUGACAUCCCCAAGGGAGACCCUGAUUACCCACCUCACGUCUACGCAGAGGAGGGCAAGUGUGAACGAGUAGAGACCCGCAGUUCUCUCACCUUCUCCGAACAUGACCUGUCACCCGACUUGCUGGACUCUUUGGGGCCAAAGCCUGCUCCACUUGAAGAAAUAUAUUCUGAGUCAGGUGCCAGCUGGGAUGGCCCAGCCAGCGUCUGUGACCAGGUCGUGUUUCUCCUCUGGCCCCCGGUCCCUCACACCGCCCCUCAAGUGGCACUGGGGAAGUAUGCCCCCUCCUGGCUUGUCUGCCUACCCAGCCCGCUGCAGGCCAGCCUUCUGGGGGACUCACUGGAGCUGGAGGAGCCGCUGGUCCCAUUGCUGCCCCAGGACAAUCAGACAGCCCAGAGACUUCUCUCCUGGCCAAGCCUGACCUGGAACCUAGAGCAAAGAGAAUGUGGGAGAUGUAAGUCCCGCUCAGAUGCACCGAGGCCGGGCAAGGUUCUCACGCUCGGCAGUCGCCAGGGCCAGGCGGUGCUGUGA